AUGACGAGUUCCCUAUUGAACCCGACAAUUAAAGGCUGCCAGACGGUCCACAUUCUAGCGUACAUGCCGCACGAUCAGCAGCCGUGGAAAAGCCGCAUUGAUUGGAUGCAGAGCACACUCGAGGGCGGCUUCGCAUCUAGGAAGACGAUGUAUGGGAGAAGCAGCGUCUUUGGUCUGCUGAAUCCUGCGCUGCUGGAAGAGGAGCUCCAGCCCGACAAGCUAUCAGAGUCGUGUUUACCGAUGAGAUCGGCUUCACAUGGAAUGCGGAACCGAGGACCGGUUGCCUCGCCAAGCAGAAUGACCCUUGAGUUGCGACCUCAUUGUUAUGUUGAUGUGGCGCAGAAAUGUGGCUUGGAGUGGCGCAGAAAUUUUUCAGCCGUAGGCUGA